GAUCCGCUGCGGCCACUGCUUUUGUGUCGGUUCCAUUCCCAUUUCAAUUUUCAUUCUCAAUCUCAAUUUUCUUUCCCUCCUUCCCUUUCAAUCUUUCGUUUUCCCUCGGUUUUCUCUACUUUUUUUGCUUUCUCUUCACUCCAUAGCCUCUCCUUCUCUUAUCUCUUUCUUUCUCGCUCCCUCUUAUCCAUUUUGCUUCCCCUUCAGUUUCCGCCUUCAUUUCUGCUUUCUGGGUUUCAUCCCUUCCUCUCCUGCUUCUGGGUGCCUUCCUUCUCUCUCCGAUCCCGUUCCCCUGCCUCUGAUCGGGACACCCACAUUUGAUUCCGUGAUUUUCCGAUCGUUUUCCUCACUGCCCACUUGGAGUUUUGGGUUCUUGAGAUCUGGGUUUCUCUCAGAUCUCUCCAUUAGCGGCCGGAUGAUGCUGGAUCCGAGUGACAGAGGAUCGGAGUCGGAGGACAUGUCCGGGAAGAACUCCGGCGGGGUUUCGUCGGAGGAGAGCCAAGUGAACGAGCAGAACAAGAAGACCUGCGCCGACUGCGGCACUUCAAAAACCCCCUUGUGGAGGGGCGGCCCCGCCGGCCCCAAGUCUCUUUGCAAUGCGUGCGGGAUCAGAAGCAGGAAGAAGAGGAGGGCGAUCUUGGGGCUGAGCAAAGGGGUUGUGGAGGACAAGAAGAGCAAAAAAAGCAGUAGCAAUAUAAGCAGUAACAGUAGUAGUAGUAGGCUAAGGGAUAGUUUGAAACAGAGGCUUUUGGCUUUGGGGAGAGAAGUUUUGAUGCAGAGAUCUACUGUGGAGAGGCAGAGGAAGAAGUUGGGAGAGGAAGAACAAGCUGCUGUUCUGUUGAUGGCUCUCUCAUAUGGCUCUGUUUAUGCUUAAAAAAGAGCCAUUGAUGAUGAUGUGAUCAGAAAAAAAAGAGCAAUAAGAAGGAAACAAAACAAAGAAAGCCAGCAAAAUCUGACCCUUUGAAGUGUAUCUUCUUCCAUUUUGUUUAAAUCUUUCCCUCUCCCUCCCACAUAUUGAGUGAAAUUUUUCUUUAUUAUUCAUCCCCUCACUCCCUCCCUAUAGCUCUCUUUUUUUUGUUGUAUUGACUAACCAUUUGUUCUUUAGUUGUUGGAGAGUAAUGAGUAAUGUAGUUGUGUUGGAAGAGUUGGAUAAUGAAUGAAUUUUUGUUGAACACUGUCACUGAU